GUGUUUACGGUAGUGCGGGUGGCGUUUGGGAUGCUGAAGUCAGACCAUGUGACUGUGCCGACGGCAAAGACCUCCCGUCUGCUUCUCCGCAACACCACAGACCCGGGCCCCGUACCGGCACCGAGCCCGGUGGGAUGGAGAACAAACCCGCAUCCAACCCGGCCAAGCCGCGGGAGUUGACUCAGAACCCCCUGAAGAAAAUUUGGAUGCCGUAUAAAAAUGGCCUUCCAGAAAAACACACCUCUCAAAGAAAGGUAUGUAUGACAAACUGUCCCACCCUGAUCGUGACGGUGGGCCUCCCUGCCAGAGGCAAGACGUACAUCUCCAAGAAGCUGACCCGCUAUCUCAACUGGAUCGGAGUUCCCACCAGAGAGUUCAACGUGGGACAGUACCGGAGAGAUUACAUGAAGAUCUACAAGUCCUUUGAGUUCUUCCGACCAGACAACGAGGAAGGACUGAAGAUCAGACAACACUGUGCCUCGGCCGCGCUGAACGACGUGCGACAGUACCUGUCCGAUGAAGGUGGACAAGUGGCGGUUUUCGAUGCGACCAACACGACCAGAGAGAGGAGGAUGACCAUCUUCCAGUUUGCUAAACAGAAUGGCUUUAAGGUAUUUUUCGUGGAGUCUGUCUGUGAAGACCCCCAUGUCAUACAGGAGAACAUUGUGCAAGUGAAGCUGGGCAGCCCCGACUACACCAACUGUAACACGGAGGAGGCGGUGUCGGACUUCAUGAAGAGGAUACAGUGUUAUGAGAACUCCUACCAGACCCUGGAUGAAGUUCUGGACAGGGACCUGUCCUACAUUAAGAUCAUGGACGUGGGUCGGCGCUACCUGGUGAACCGGGUGCUGGACCACAUCCAGAGCCGGAUCGUCUACUACCUGAUGAACAUCCACAUCACGCCUCGCAGUAUCUACCUGUGUCGCCAUGGGGAGAGCGAGCUCAACAUCAAGGGCCGCAUCGGGGGUGACUCAGGCCUCUCUGCCCGGGGGAAAGAGUUUGCCAAGCUGCUGAGCCAGUUCAUCGCGGCGCAGGGCAUCAGUGAUCUGAAGGUGUGGACCAGCCAGAUGAAGAGGACCAUCCAGACGGCCGAGGCCCUCGACGUCCCCUACGAACAGUGGAAGGUCCUCAACGAGAUCGAUGCAGGUGUGUGUGAGGAGAUGAUGUAUGAGGAGAUCCAGGAGAGCCAUCCUCUGGAGUUUGCCCUGAGGGACCAGGACAAAUACCGUUACCGCUACCCUAAAGGAGAGUCCUAUGAAGACCUGGUGCAGCGUCUGGAGCCGGCCAUCAUGGAGCUGGAGAGGCAGGAGAACGUUCUGGUGAUCUGUCACCAGGCCGUCAUGCGCUGCCUGCUCGCCUACUUUCUGGACAAGACGGCAGAAGAGUUGCCAUACCUGAAGUGCCCGCUGCACACUGUGCUCAAACUAACACCAGUUGCCUACGGUUGUAAGGUGGAGUCAAUCUGCCUCAGUGCGGAGGCAGUCAACACCCACAGAGAGAGACCAGAGAACGUAGAGGUGUCGCGGAGGUCAAAGGAGGCUUUGCUUACAGUGCCAGCUCACCAGUGACAAAUGUAAAUGUCCAUCGUACAACUGAAGACGCCUUGAGGACCCUCCCUGAUCACUUCUGAUGGGACCCCUCUGAUUGUUGGGGGUUAACGCUCAGCCCUACCGUCCCCUCUCGCCCCCACACCACCACAGCCUGCCACAACCGGCAUCGAACGUGACCCUCUGGUCCGCGUGGCCCUCCCUCCUCCUCCACAACACCCCUUCCACUGCUUUUAAAAAUACGUUUUGGUGAAGGAAAGCUCUGAAGAACACGGUGCGCUACCCCUGAGAAAGGUUCUGGACCUCACCGAAGCUCGCCUUGAGUUAAACAGGAACGGCGGAUAGUGUCUUGACACUUUUGUCUGAAGGUUAAUUUAACAGUUUGUACUGCGACAUGUUUCUUGUUCACUGACUCGUGUGAUUUCUACUGAAAUUGAUGUUCAUAACAAUCAGGAAGAUGUUUCUGAUGUGUUUAAGGUUUUAAACCUACAGUCAAAAUUGCUAUAGACCAGUAGUCCUAUAGUUUGACUGCAGUGAUUCCAAUGUGAAAACUAAUUAAUAUAUAUUUGAAUGGAUUUUAUGAGAACAUGAAUACUGCACAGCUACCGAUGUCCAUCCUGUUCCUUUAAUGGAGGUGGAAUUUGAGGAUCCAACUGAAUGAAUGAAUGAAUUCAAACACAUGGAUAUUGCCUUUCACGUCGUUUUUGUAAAGAACUCAUCCAUAUUCCUAAAGGCAUUUUAAAUUUUCUGAAGGAGCUGACCUGUUGCUUUCAAUGUAGAUUGAUGUGUUUAAAUGUAUGCCCUGACCUCAUGCAACAUAAUAAAGUGAUAUUUUUGUAUACGCAG